UCUCACUUUGCGCAGCCUCGACAUAUCCAAGACAAUCCGCCAGCAGGCCCCACCACCAACUUCACCCACAGUCCCUACACCUCCACGCGUACUCCUUGCACCCCCGGAAUUUUUUCCUGCGUAGAAACAGCUUUUCAACAUGCCACCAAAGGGCAAGGACCAGCCGAAGGCGGCGAAGGUGGCCAUUGACAAGUCGUUUGGUAUGAAAAACAAGAAGGGGGGAGCCGCACAGAAACAGAUCAAAUACCUCCAGCAGGCCGCCGCCGGCGCCAAAUCCCCCGCCGAAAAGAAGAAGGAAGCCGAGAAGCUACAGCGCGAGAAGGAGAAGGCCGCUGCCGAACAAGCCAAGAAGGAAGUGGCCGAUCUCUUCAAGCCCGUUCAGGUGCAGAAGGUUCCAUUCGGUGUCGAUCCCAAGACCGUGCUCUGCCAAUUCUUCAAGAAAGGGCACUGCGACAAGGGCCGCAAAUGCAAGUUCUCGCAUGACCUGGCUGUGGAGCGGAAGACUGAGAAGAGGAGUCUCUACACGGACAACAGAGAACUUGAGAAGGAGGAGAAGGAGAAGGACAAAAUGGACGACUGGGACGAGGAAAAGCUGCGAAACGUUGUCAUGAGCAAGCAUGGAAAUCCAAAAACAACAACGGACAAGGUGUGCAAGUACUUCAUCGAGGCUGUGGAAAACCAAAAGUAUGGCUGGUUUUGGGUAUGUCCGAACGGAGGCGACAAGUGCAUGUACAAGCACUCACUGCCACCUGGCUUCGUGCUCAAAACCAAAGAACAGCGCGCUGCUGAAAAAGCCCUUAUGGAGAACUCGCCCUUGGCUACGCUCACGCUGGAAGACUUCUUGGAAUCGGAGCGCCACAAGCUCACAGGCACACUCACACCAGUCACAGAGGAAAGCUUUGCCAAGUGGAAGAAGGAGCGCAUGGACAAGAAGGUUGCCGAGGAGCAGGCCAAGAAGAUGAAGGAGGCCACGGGUAGGGCCAUGUUCGAGAAGGGCGACUGGCAACGCGGCGAGGACGACUCUUCUGAUGAAGAAGACGAUGACGGCACGUGGAAUCUCGAAGCACUACGACGAGAGACGGAAGCCGCGCGCGUGAGGAAGGAAGAGGAGCGCAUGGCGGCCGCAGCAGGUAUCGAAGCCUCUUGAACUCCAGACACGUACCCACAGGACGCCUCAACCGCACGCCAGGAGGAGUGACGGAUCGGAGCAGGGCCACACAAUGCUGAUAAAGCUUGUGAUGUUGCACCGAGCGCUGGUGGUGAUGAAGGUGCGGUGGCAUACAUACAUCUAUGUUGGCCAUGCUUAAUGCGUGGUAUCCACUUAUGUUUUCGCGAUCAGCGGCAUGCAUCGCACCGCUUCGCGCUACUCUCACUGGGAAGCGGAGGUCUGGUGUUUCGGCGUUUGGUUGUUAAUCUUACUGCGCAAGAAUGCCAGUUACCUUCAAAAUGCCAGUUAACUUCAGAAUGCAUUACACAUUGCUAGACCAC